GGGAGGAUUCUGCUGCAAAAUCACAAUUCAGCUGGGCACCAGGCACACAAGAGGACAUGCUGGAGUUACACAAGAAGCGCAUGGAAGCAGAACACAAAGACCAGCCCUCACUGCGGAGCCCGACGGCCCUGCAGGUCAGGCGUUGCCAGCUCUCCCCACAAAGCAGUUUUCUGCAGUGCGUUGGCGUGUCUGCCGUGCAGCAGCAGCGUGCAGCGAUGCAGCGCGGAGCUGAGCCGCGUGCGCUCCUGUCGCCCGGCUGCUUUGCUGCUCGGCUGCGUGCAUCACAGCAGGGCUCAGCGGGAAGGGCUCCGGCAGGCUAUAUUUAGCAGCAACAACAAAACAGGCAGCCGGAUCAGCUGACUGGGCGCAGCGAGCACGGGGUAGUUGUAGGCAGCACGUAUCCUGCGCGGAAAGCAGGGCGAGAGAGAGCAGGGCACGGAGCUGGGAGGUACCCCGUCACACCACGCCACCCGCAGGGGCUGCGGCUCAGCCAUGGCUCCUCGGAUAAGACUGAAUGUUUCAAAGCCUCUCCCAACCAUCUGUGAAACCCAUGAGGAGGCAAUGGAAGACUUAACCAGCAACCCAAAGCACACUGCAAACACUUCAACUAACCCAGAUCUGUACUCUAGCGAUGAUUACAUUCAAUCUAUCUGCCACCUCGCCAGACCCACCUUCCCAGGCAUUCCUGAAAGCAGCCAUAGGGUUCAGGACAGAAGAAUCCUGCAGACUCUGGAAGCCAUGUCAUGGUCCCCAUCCCAGCAAGAAAUGUCAGUGUGUAAAUUGACCAAUUUCAUCUCAACUGUGAUGCCGCCAGGAAAAACUACGUCUGCUCCUGAUGAUGCAGAAGCCGACUUCUGGUCCAAAGAGGACCCCCUGGCACAGAUCUACAGGCACACAGGAAAUCUCUGCUCCUCCAAAGGUUUGUGGAGCAGAAGCUCCAGCACUGACUCCUCACAGUGCACCUCCUCCAGCCACCUGGACUCCCUUCGUCCCCCAGCCAUGAAAGAAGAAGCCCCAGGGAGAACACAUUUCUCACGGAUGUUCAGUUUUCCAAGGUUUCCCUCUCCAAGGCCAAUGCAGAAAGAAACGCUCUGCUCAGAGCUGAGGUGUCUCAGAAAAGAUGAGGGAGCAGUUGUAGGGAGCAAUCACAGUCAGAAAGAAGAUGCUCCCAGGUUUAUUAACGCUGAAGAGCUCUUGCUGUGCUCAGCCAGAGGGAAGCUACUAGGAAAUCGGGUUUUGCACUGCUCUGGAAGGAGGCAGGGUUUGUUUGAGGCAGCAGGUGCUGAUGAAAAAGGGAGAGAAACUUCUCACUGUGACAAAAACACAGUGGGUGAUGUUCCCAGUAAACAGAGAUACUCCAAGUGCUUCCAGGCAGCUAAAAAAGCCGUGAUUCAUAAUUGGAUUUCAGAGCACAGAUGCAUGUGGAAAGAAGCAAAGAUAAAAGCUUGUUUGCUCCCAGCCAUUGCUGAAGUGUGAAAAAGUAUCUGUUCCAAAUAAUGUUGUUUGCGAGAAAUAACCACCCUGUGCUCUAGAAGCUCUCCCUGGAGUCCUUAUGUGGAAAACACAGCUUGAAUGUGCAUGCAAGUCAGAAAACCUUUUGUGAUCCAUCUUACCCCUCAUCAGUGGGCAAAUGGACGACUCGGAGUCCAGUCCUCUGAGGAAGCAGCAAUUAAUUCUCAUUUUGGAAAGGCAAUGGUUCAUAAAGCAUUGCCCCACACCUAUUGCCUUGAACUGCCCUGAGCAUGGAGAAAAUUGAAGAGCCAUCUGUUUUGAAGAAGUAAUCUGAAGGAAAAAAAAAAACAACCCACACACCUACUGCUAUUUCACAGCAGAUGCCAAACAGCCAGAUGUUACACAAGCUUGGGUACAGUUAUUCUGAAAGAAAUAUUCUGAACGGUGCUUGGACGGGACUAAAUAUGCCCUCACUGACACAUGCAUUCACUGAGACACACUGCAUAGAUCACUGCAUCAACACCAGAAUAUCACUGGGUCAGUCAUCCGUUAGUGCUUUCAUGUGAAGGAAUAUUUUUAAUAGCUGUAAGAAGCCUGUGAUGAGGAUUUGUUAGAGGACAACAUGGAAAAUACUGAAACUGUUCCAGGUGGGACUUUUCCCCUUUCUUAGCAUUGCAAAAAUGUAUGACUUUCACUUCUCAACCUAACCUUGUUGGAGAUGACUGGGAGCUCUGGGUGAGCAUUGUGAACACUGGUGUGGUGCUGCUGCCCUGGCCCUGCAAGAAAUCAGGGUCCCAGUGCUCUGCUCCCAUCGGUGUCUGCACAGCUGUCUGUGCUGGGUGGGAGCGGAGCUGGGAGCUGAGCAAGCUCUGUGCACGUAUGAAUUGUGUCUGUUUCCCUUCACGUGUGUGCUUCUCUAGUUUCCCCCAGUUGGUCACACUGACUUUUCUAUGCCUGCUGCUGUGAGACUGAAACAUGAAUUAAACAAAAACCAUCAUAAGAAGUCCUCAGGACAAGCCCUUUGUUGCUGAUGCUGCAGGGAUGGCUGCAGGAGGAGCAGUGCUGCUGUGGGAUCCCGGCACGCUGAGCCACACGGUCAGGUCAUCUUGUAACCACCACACAGAGACAGCUUUGUCUCCUGAAACCUUCACUCACUGUCACAGUCCCACAGCACACAGCACUGCAAGAGGAGCAGGUGAGAAAACUGCUAAGCAACGCUAGUGCAAUUAUUGCAGCCGCUGCCACAAAUCAAUCCUUUGGCAGGGAGCAGCCAUGAGGACCGGGCUGCUUGCUCAACUGCAGCCAGGAUGGGAAAUGCCACUGCAAAGCUGCCACUAUAGAAGUGCUUGCAAGUGAUUUCUGAAACACCCUUGAGUAGAUUAAAUCAGACGGCAACUUCUGCUCAGUACCCACAGAAGUGUAAACAUACUCAAGGAUCAAAAGGGGAGUGAAUCUGAACUGCUCAUUCUCACAUCUCUUACCUCAAAUAUUUUUAUUCCUGUUGAAACUCACUAAUGCUCUGGAGCCGAACUGCUUCUCAUCUCCAUUUUCAGACUAACCAUACAGCAAGAACAAAGGCGAAAGCGGCUGCAGCUUUUUUAGGGCCUAUAGAGAGCCUGAGCUGAACGAGGGCUGCAUGGACUCUGCCUCCCCAUCCUCUGCCCUUCACUUUUGGGUUUGUGUAGGGAUGGAGGUGAUGUUUGCCCUCACUGCUAUGCAGACAUUUCGGUUUCUGUCCAUGUUUAAGACACCAAUGCCUAGCAACUCUUGUGCCAACUGCAUGUAUCACCGUAUUUGACCAAGAAAGCAAAUAAAAUCCUUACACCAA